UCUACGCUUAUUUUCUUAUUCUGGUGAAUUCUUAAGCCAAACUAAGCGGUUCGGAAAUAUUUCUUUUUCGUUUAAAUCAAAUUCUAACAGUUGUUGAUAGUUUGAACGUAAUUAAUGACAGUUAUUUUCUCUUAAAUAUAAAAUACAGAGAGAAGGUGCUUCGAAUAAAGAUGACUUCAUACAUAAUGUUUACAUCUACAUCUGGAAUGCGUACUUCAAAUGGAAUCAGUAGAAGCAACUCUACGUCUUCAAAACAAAGUGACAAUCAAAGCCAAUCUGAAAUUGAAGAGGAUGCUACCUCUUUUGUGAUUUUGAGUGUUAUUUACCAAGGAAACAAAUUGGGGGCUGCCUACUAUAAUCUUGACAGGUGCCACUUAUAUUUGAUGACCGAUCACAUAGAUACACCACCUUCUUUCUCUCUACUUAAAUUAUUACUUAGACAAACUGAACCAAGUCACAUUGUCACUUCUCAACAAAUGGAUGAGAAUAUGUUGCAUGUACUCAGGGAAAUAAAUAAUUUUGGCUCAGCUACUACAGAAUCUACCAAUAGUGCUGGAGACAGAAAUAAACUUCAUUUAUUACCCAAUAUUGAUUUUGCUCUUGAAGCCUCCAAACAUAGAUUACAAACUUUACAACUUCUGAAUGCUCCAAAAAACAUGAAUGAUUUUGAAAGAAAAAUUCAUCUUUCAUCCUUGAUAGAUUUUACGAGUUCUUGUAUGGUAAAGGCAGCUGGUGGAUUGCUAAAAUUUUUAGAUAAAAACACUUUUGGUCUGUCUCUUGAAAACUCAAGCUCAAGCGUUUCUGGAAUUUCCGCAUUGUCAUUGAAAAACAUACUUAACAUCGAUGACAAUUCUUACAGAGCACUACAGAUUUUUCAAGAAGAAAGACAUCCCUCUGUAUAUAAGAGCACUGUUGGAAAUAAGGAAGGUCUCAGUUUAUACGGGAUAUGUAAUCGUUGUAAAUCUGCUAUAGGGAAAAAAGAACUUAAACGAUGGUUCCUUAUGCCUACAAAUAAUCCAGAAAUAAUUAAAGAGAGACAAUCUGCAAUAAAGUAUUUCAUCUUGUCAAAAAAUUCAGAUGUUUUAAGUGCUUUACAAGGAAGCCUAAAGCACAUAAAGUUCUUGCCUAGAAUUUUGACAAGAAUGAAAACUGCUCAAGCAGCAAUGACCGACUGGCAAGCUUUGUAUAAGACUUCUUAUCACGCCAUGCUCAUUUGUGAUAUAGCACGGUCCCGCACGCAUUGCUUAGAAAUUUUCUCAGAGAUAUCUAAUACUUUCUCUACUGAUUUAUUCCGCAUCGCUAGUUUGCUGAAUAAAAUUAUUGAUUUUGAAGAGUAUGCCAAACAAAAUCACUUUGUUGUUAAGCCUGGAGUUGAUAGUGAACUUGACAAAAUGAAACGCACCUACAAUGGACUUCCCAAUUUCAUGACUGAAGUGGCAUAUCAAGAACUCCAGGAAUUAAGUAGUGAUAUUCCGCAGUGCAGUGUCAUAUAUUUGCCUCAACUUGGUUAUUUGUUGGCCAUUCCUGCGACUGAGCAGAUGAAAGAUACUAAAGACUACUCAAUUCCAAACUUGAGAUUUAUGUUUAUCACAAACGAUGUGGCACAUUACAAGAGUGAUAAUACCAAAAAGUUGGAUUCUCUACUUGGUGAUACCCUUUGUGAUAUUUAUGAUAAGGAAACUCAAAUCAUGCAUAAAUUACAGAAUGUUAUUUUAGAAAUGAAGCCUGUUUUAUUUGACGUCAUGGAAUAUUCAGCAAAAUUAGAUUGGCAUCCUUUGCAAGAAAUAUGUGUCAGUUCAUUUGUAGGAAAUAAUGUUUUUAGUGGUGGAACAGAAAGUAAAAUCAAAGUCCUGACAGGACCCAAUUCAAGUGGAAAGAGUAUAUAUUUAAAACAGGUAGCCUUACUGGUGUACAUGGGACAUUUGGGAAGUUUCAUUCCGGCUCAGAAGGCCAAAAUUCCCGCAUUUGAUAAUAUUUUCACUUGUAUGAAUGCCUCUGAAUCUGUCUCCCUCAACUUGUCAUCAUUCUUAAUUUCAUUAAAUCAAGUAUGUUUAUUAAAAACAAUUAUUUCCAGGUUUUCAAUAUUUUAUAGUUUAUAUAACAGGCUAUCAUUAUUAUCGAUUUUUUGUAAAUAUCCACAUAUUUUUCCGAUUGUUUUUCAGUCCCUAUUACUUCUCAAAUUAAAUCUGAUAUAUUUUGUAAAUUGUUGCAACAUUUUAAUUCUGAAUUUGAGCUAUUACUUUUUGACAAUUUAAAUUGUGACGAUUCCACCGUCAUUUCAUAUUGUUUGAUGAUAGUUUUACCCUCAGUUAUUAAUUAAUUUUCGGUUAUUAUUUAAUUAUUAAUUAAUUGAAUUUUUUUAAAUUUUGAUAUUUUUACUAUCACUUUUUGGCGCAUGCAAUUCAGGAAGAUUCCAUCCUAAUUUCAAGUUGUUUGAUGAUAGUUUUUGUAGAAAUUAUUUAUCUUUUUCACAUGGUUUAUCAUUUCACGUGGUUUUUCAAAUUUUGAUAUUUUUAAUGUGAUGUUAUUAUUUCAUGCAAAUUUCAAACUUGAGUUAUCAUUUUCUGAUGCGACCUAGAAAUUAGAAAUAAGAUUCCAUCAUAAUGUCAGGUCAUUUGAUAAGUUUUUUCUGAAUAAUUUCUUAUAUUUUCGGCCCUCUUCACAUAUUUUUCAAAUUCUGAUAUUUCUAUUACGUCAUUCAAAUUCUUUGACUUGUUCAAUUUGACUUGUCAAUCACUCUUUGACUUGUUCAAUUUGAAAUGAAUUCACUAUAACUUCACUGCAUGGAAUGAUAAUUUUUUCCUUAAGAUUUUUAUGAAACUGCAAUAUUUUUAAUAUGCUAUUAAAACACUGGAAUAAUGAAUUUGACUUUUGAUGCCUUCAAUUCGCAACCAUGCUGUCGUAAAAUUACAUCGCUUUUAGAUUUUUUUUCUUUCAAGAAUCUGUCAUAAACCAAUUUUAUGUGACCAUUUAUAUAAUUGAAGAAGAAACAGUUUUGAAAAAUUCUUUUUUUUUUUUAUGAUUAUUUUUACAAAUUAGAAUUUUGUGAUAGGCCGUCUUGUUGAGUUUGAAUUUUGUGAAGGGACCACUAAGCGGCCUCAAUUUUGUCUUGAUAAAAACAUGCUAUUGAACAUUAUCGACAGAACUUUUUUGCCAUUGAGAUGUGUGCCAAAUGACCAAAGGUGCGCGCAUUGAAUAUUUGUAAUAUAUACCAGAAACUUGGUGAGUGUUUGUAUCUUUCCAUUUAUCACUCAUUUAUGUAGGUUAUAUACUUGUAAAUUAAAAGUUCUUUGAAACUGGAUGAAUCAUACCAGCCAACAACCAUGUAUCAAGUUAAAUUAUUCAUAUAAAAACAUUUAAUGUUGUGUUCUAAAGUUGGGCUUGUGCUUCCAAUAUUUUGUACAUAAAAUUUCACCUUAGAAAAUCAAGUUUUAUUACAGUAAAAUAAUGGCGUUUAAUCUAAAUACUACAAAAAAACAAAGAGAAUUUUUGACUUGCAAAAUAAAAAAUUAAUGAAAUAAAUACUAAUUUGUGAAUGCUAAUUGACAAAGUUGCUUCGCUAACCAUUGACGAACAAAAGCUGUUUGCACAACUCAGAAAAAAUAUGAAGAAUUUCUUUUUUUUUUCCAAUUCAAAGAUUAUUUUUAAGGGUGUGAUACAUUUAAACUGAUUAAAAAUGACUCAAAGAGUGGUGAUUUUUUCUCCCAUAACAAUCGACUAGAACGCAACACAUAAAGGAUUGAAUGAUAUAGAUAGUAAAGGCAGGCUUAUCAUUUUGGUCUUUUCAUCCUGUGUGCUUUUAUACAUUGUGUUCUGCUUUACAGUGAUAUUUGAGUAUCUAAAUAUUACAACUGGUAGAAAAAUAAUGCAAGAAUAAUUUAGUAGCAAUUGCACGUUUCUCCCAAAUUAUUCUAUUCUCUAUAUUUUGACUUUAGAAACAGCUCUAUCAUAGUUAAAAUACUUUUUUCAAUGCUUUUUUUAAAAAAUU